UAUUAUGGGAGUUGUAGCUGAGAAAAUUUAAUACAAGAGCAGUGUGCCCUAAGCUAGCUAGCUUUUAAUUCGCCGACACUGUACGUUCCCUUUUCGAUCUCUCCUGUUAACUACCAGACUCUUUCAACGUUUCUGCACCUGCAUUCUAUAUAUUCUUCCCGGCCCUCAUAUGUGCAUGCUUAGAAUAUUCCAUCUCCUAGCUCUCUAUCUCUUUCAAAUUGGCAAAAAUGGUGCAGUCAACAAAGAAGUUUAGAGGUGUCCGGCAGCGGAAUUGGGGCUCUUGGGUCUCUGAAAUUCGUCAUCCACUGCUGAAGAGAAGGGUGUGGCUAGGCACAUUUGACAGUGCUGAAGAGGCGGCAAGAGCAUAUGAUGCAGCUGCCAUUUUGAUGAGUGGCCGAAAUGCCAAAACAAAUUUCCCAACAACUACUCAAACUAGUAGUAGUACUACUCCGAAAACUAGUACUAUUAAGGAUUCUUCGUCAACACCAAAUGAUUUAUCAGAUAUCUUACGCGCAAAGCUGAGGAAAUGUAGCAACGUACUCUCUCCAUCCCUGACGUGCUUGAGGCUGGACAACGAGAGCUCUCAUAUCGGAGUCUGGCAAAAGCGAGCAGGUCAACGAUCGGAUCAUUCCAACUGGGUCAUGACUGUCCAACUUGGAAAGAAGAAUAUUAAAGCUGAUGAUGGUACCACAAACCAGCAAAGUGUUUCAUCACCAUCAAUGUUUUCAGAGUCUCCAGCAUCAUCAUCAUUAGAAAAGCCUAAACUAAUAGCAGAUGCUUAUGAAAUGACUGAAGAGGAGAGAAUUUCAUUGCAGAUGAUAGAGGAGCUGCUUAACAGAAAUUGAUAAACGAGGGAGGGAAAGCUAUUACUUGUAGCAUACCAUAUGUACUAUAAUUACUAAUUUACUUUUACGUACAUAUAUAUAUAUAUAUAUAUAUAUGUUCUUGUUGCGUGUAAUAGAAGCUAUAUAUCUAAAUAGUUUGUAUAUGCAUAUAAGGAAGAAAUGAAUUAAUAACAGUAAACCCUUACUGGAAAACAGGGUU